AUGCACGCAUGGCUCGCGGCAUUGGAAGAUACGGCGCAGCACGGCGCGCCCAGUCGCGUCGCAUGGCUUCAAUCUGCACUUGCGGAUACUACACACCAGACUAAAUCCACAGGUGCAUGGUCCGCGCGGCUCGCGGCCCACGCUUCGCCGCAGCAAACGGCAGAGCAGCUGUAUACCCUCGCCGAGUCUUUGCGUACUGAACAAGGCGUGCUCACAUCCAAGAUCAGCACGCAGAUGAGCAUUGCGAGUGAUGCAGUCCAAGAAGCUGCACAUAGAGCCGAGCAACUUGCACAGGACGCGGCGCCCCUACGAGAUGCACUUGCACGCACAAAUGCUGUCUACCAAGCCAUCACGCCAGCACCGUCCACACCCGAGGCAGCCGCGCUUGCCUCUUUGCACAUGCUUGCACAUGCAAAGGAUCGCAUGCUACACGCGCGUGCGGUCCUACAAGCCGCCGAGUCCUGGUCGCGCGUCGAGCCGGAAAUGCAGGCGCAUUUGGCGGAAAAUGACUGGGAGCGCGCAGCGCAGCGUCUCGACGGGAUGGAGCAGACGCUCCAGAAUUUCGAUCCCGCAAGUGAGUAUGUGACAUCGCGAAGAGUGCUGCUGGCCCAAAUGCUUGAGACGCUGGAUCGCGCGGUCGCUCCAGCACUCGCAGAGGCCGACCUUGAAACCGUGCUGCGUUGUGCGUCGGUGUAUGCGAGCGUGCACCGCCCCGAUUGGUUUUUGCGCCAUUAUAUCGCAGCACGCACCUCGCCGCUCCAGGUCGCGUGGGCAGACGCUACUGCGCACAAGCCACCGCAGGAGGCCGUAUCGAUUCUCAUCGCCAACCUCGCACAGCUUGCCCAAGAAGAAACGCGGCUUGCGCCACGCAUCGUUGCGCAUCCACAACGGCAAGUAGCGGCACUUCUCGGCGCUGCUGUGGAUACACUCUCACCCUCUCUCGCUACCUAUAUCGCCCACGACGUACCGCUACCCACCAUCGUGGACAUUGUGGCGCAUGUGGACGAGGCUAUGUCGACCAUUUCCGUGGCGUGCACCCCUUGUGAUGCCCCCGCCCUCGACGAUGAGCAAUGCACACGCGCGCUGAACGCCAUAGCGCCGCCAUUGCCAUGGUCUACAUGUUUAACGAGCGCUUUUAAGCCAUACGAGGAUGCGUACGCCGAAAAAGAAACGCAGCACCUUCAGAGCGUAUUUGCGCACGGCGCGUCUGCAUUCGCCGCGCAGCGCGACCGGAUUCUGGUGGCCACGUCGGAUUCUGCCCCAGAUACGUGGGCACGCGCGGUAGAUAGCACGGCAAAGCUGAUCGCCGCGCAGCAUAAAGAGGUUGCAAACCUGCGCGAUGCCGCGGCGCAACGCAUGCGUAUUUUGACAAAAGGGACGCAGGCGCAUGCAUUGCACGAUGCAGUGCACAAUGCGCUCUAUCUGCCGCUGGUGCACCGCGUCGCGGAAACUGUGCAUCCUCUGCGCGAGCGAUACGAGCGCCACGCACAAAGUAUAGCGCCCACGCCGGAUGCGCUCCUCGUCGAGGACCGCGACCCGAUCCAGGACUGGGAUCUUGUGUAUGCAGGACUACGUGUGCUCGAUGCAGCGCGCACGCUUGGCGAGGACGUCGGCGGAGACGACGUUGCAGAAAGCACGCGCGCCGCGCAGCGUCUCGUGCUUGCGCUGCUUCUCUCGCAUUUCUGGCAGCAGCUCGAUGCGUAUGCACACACAGCGCCGCGGAUCGAGGAAAGCUCGCAGGAAGUGCACAUUCCAUUGUUUAGCAAGAGCCCCAGCGAGUGCAUGGUCAAGCUGGGGGAAGGGCUGCUCAACCUUCCCCGUUUAUUGGAGUCCGUUGUGGCGCGUGAGCUUCCCACAUUCCAGUACGCAAUGGAUGCUUUGCCGUAUGCACACGACGAUAGCGUCUCGGAGACGGUGCGCAAAUCCAAGCCGAGUCGUGCACUCUCCAUCUCGGUGCUCGACACCGACACGCGGCCCGAAGGAUACAGUGCGGAGCAUGUCUUAUCUGUAUGGCUGCGCAGUCUUACAUGCACGCUGGUGCGUGCAUUGCAAGACGAGAUCGUGCCGCGCAUGGUACGUACUCUGCACUGCGACCGUGCACAGCUUGCCGCGGAUGUCGAGUACAUGAGCACGAUUGCGUCUGCACUCAACGCAUCCUCGCCUCAACUGCUUGCACUCGCCGCGGAGCUCGACACGGGAAAACGGCGCAAUGGAGCGAGUGUAUAG